UGCCUACAUUUGCAUCCAUCACCAGUUCACCACUAGUAGUAUCUGUCAUUUACACAUCCAGACAUAUAAUCAGCUGGCCAUGGCGAAGAAGGUGGUCCUCCUGGCGCUGGCGCUGGCCCUUGCUGCGACAACUCAGGCCAUUGCUAAAUCUUCCUCCCACAUGGGGAAAGUGCCAUGCCCCGCGGAGUGCGGCAAGGACAUGGACAACACGGAGUGCCCAAACAACCUCUGCUGCAGCUCCGGCGGCCUCUGUGGCCUCGGCAGCGCCUACUGCAGCGCUACUGCCGGCUGCCAGAGCGGCGCAUGCCAAGUCAGCCCCCAGUGUGGGGCCGACCAGCUGUGCCCCAACAACCAAUGCUGCAAUGGCGGGCAAUGCGGCCUCGGCAGCUUGUACUGUGGCGACGGCUGCCAGAACGGCCCUUGCGUCCAAGACCUCACAUGCAGCCAAGGGAAGGAGUGCCCUAACAACUUCUGCUGCAACAAGGCCGGGAAAUGCGGACUCGGCGACAGGUACUGCAGCAACACCACCGAAGUUGCCUGCCAGAGCGGCGCCUGCUACGACAAAAUAACCACCGACAGCCAGAGGUGCGGCACGCAGAACGGUGGUUAAACUUGCCUCGGCAAGUGCUGCUGCAGCGGCUACAGCUACUGUGGCACUGAGAUGGCAUACUGCGGUUCUAGGUAAUUGGCAGCAGGAAUACAGCACAUGCAGCACAGAUCCUCAAAAAUCUGUUCUGGAUGCCAUACUCGGCUGCAAACGACCUUGAACUAUAUGCCAUGCCAUAGAUCGAGGUAUACCUGCAUAUGCAUGCAACAAGGAAUAAUAUUUUUAGUUUACCCUCUGUCUAUCCGGCUUGUGAUGAGAGAUCUCUCAUACUAUAUUGCAAUAAUGUUUGUUGCACUGCAAUAUAACCAUUAAAUUUACUGAAACAGGAAAAAUAACUAUUGUUGCGGUAAAAACAUGGAAAUGUUGCAAAAGAAAACUUUAAUAAUGUGUCUUUAGGGCACACAAGUAGUCCUUGGUGCCCACUAGAUGUUUCAGUUUUCCCUGUAAUCCCUACCUUUUACUUGUUGUCAUGAUGCAUGUACCGCCAUUUUACUCAAUAAUCUGGAUAAUUUGGAAAUGCCAA